CAGCAGCAGCAGGGUCACUGGGGGGAGUGGGGGAACGUGUCGCCCUGCAGCGUCACCUGUGGGGAAGGCAUUCAGGAGAAGGUCCGGGUUUGGAUCCCAGGUCCCACAGAGCCGAGGCGGGACAAACCGUUCACUAGCACGCGGACGUACUCUUGCUCUUCCCAGAGAUUUCCGGAAUGUCCCACGGAUGGACAAUGGUCGGUGUGGUAUUAUGCGACACAGUGCACCACUAUGUGCGGUGGUGGGACUCGACAACGGGAGCGGGUGUGUGUAGGGAUUGCUAAUGGAGGAAAGGGGUGUGAAGGAGAGAAGGAGGAAGUAGAGGAUUGCAACAAAGAGCCUUGUCCCAUUCUGCCUCCCAACUUUGACCUGUCUCAGUGUGUGCAAGGUACGAACUUCACAUGUGACAGCGGCAAGAUGUGUGUGCCCAUUGGCCAGAGAUGUGACCGGCUGUUACACUGCCACGACGGCUCAGACGAGAGGAACUGUACUGUGACCCACACCUGGGGGCCAGGGGAUGGUGCAUCUUUCCUUCAGACGAGCUUUACUUUUGUGACAGCUGCUGUCAUCACAGUCUUUGCUGUUCUCCUCCUGCAUUAGUCGGAGCUGAGACUUUUGUAAACCGAAAACCUUUUGACGGAGACACGACUUUGGUGCAGUUAUGAGGACCCUGGAAGGAAAUCUGGAAGUCAUGGGAUGGGUAUAAUCCCGCUAUGACUUGUUUUUGAAGACCAAAUUUUUGUGCCAUUCUACUUAAGGUUUACAUAUAUAUAUAUAUAUAUUUUACCUGUUUAAAGGAAACAUAUGGACAGAAAUCAAGACCAUGCCUGUCAUCCAAUAUUUGUAAAGUGAGUUGUUUUUUUAUGUUGUGCGAGUUUUAUCAUAAUCGCUAUCCCACGUGCGAUUUUGCUAAGUUAAUUAGUUUUUUUGCUGUUAUGAGAGUUUUUCUUAUGAUUGCAAUCCACUAUGCAAUUUUGUAAAGUUAACUUUUUGUACUGUUAUGUCAGAUUUAUUGUGACUGCUUUCCAUUGUGCGAAAAAUUCAGGAAUACUUUUGCUGCUUUGAAGGAUGUAGCCGCCCAUUGUAUGUUUUUUUACCUGUUAAAAGUUGUCAGGAGACAACAACAUUGUGGAAGGAAAUUUGUAGAGUUGAGCCAAAAUUCACUUGUAGUUGGUAUUUCUAAUGUUUCCCUUGCACAUUUGCUUUCUUCUCUCCGCUAAGUUGUGUGUUUUUGUAUCUAGAGACAACUCUUUUACUUUAUUCUUGCUAGGGGUAUCCGAAAAAAAGAAACUUUUAAAUAUUAACAUUAUUAAAAAAAUUAUGAGAUAUUUUCUUUUCAAAAAGCUGAAAAUAUUAAUAAACGGAUAGGACAACGGCAUGCCUUCUGUGCGAAUCUGUUACAAAGGAAAUAGCUGUGGUGUUUCUACCUUUAAUCAUAAUGGGUUUAUCGGCGUUCUUUUGGAAAAACCUUUUUGUCUUGUCACCAGGUAUUAUGUCCAGCGCCGUGAUAGAUUAAGCAAUAGAAAUUGUUCCCAAUGGUCCUGAAAUCCGGGCUUUCAGGUUUUCUCCUUUUUAACUUAUUCAUUCUACUGAUUGUGGUCACGUUUCGUCAUCUCAUCAUGCAUGGUAUUAUAUAUUUUAAGAAGAACCUUACAUUGGCAAGAGAUCAUUUAUGUGCAUGUGUGUGUGUGCUUGUGUGCCUGUGUGUGUGUGUGUGUGUGUGUGUGUGUGUGUGUGGGUGUUUCUGGCUGUCUGUGUGUUGUACAGCUUUCUUUGAAGAGCAUCCUUUUUCAUUUUUGUUUUGGCCCAUCACUUUAUAUCUUCCUUCUUUUUUAAUCCUAAUUGAAAUCUCAUUCCUGGUAUAAAAUUUACCCUGUCUAAUUUCAGUCCUAAUCGAUCUUUCAUCACAGCACAGCAUUGUUGUAAUCUUUUUUUGUAGCUUAUUGACAGCCUGUGGUGAAUUGCUGUAAAUCUGAAUAUAUGUUUGUGUGUGUAUGUGUGUGUGUGUGUGUGUGUGUGUGUGUGUGUGUGUGUGUGUGUGUGUGUGGGUGUGCGCGCGCGCACGUGUGUGCGUCUGUGUGCGAGAGUGCGUGCAUGCUUGUUCUUGUAUUUGGAACGAAAUGUAUUACCGUGACAAGGAGAAAUUUUCAUGUUCUGGAGCGAAAUCAAAGUCUUCCUUCACAAUUCAUUAAGUUUUACAUUUUCCUGGUAAAUCUACCGGGUGGUUCACAAGUUUCACACAAGGGCACACAAAGCUUUUUAAAAAUUAAAGCAAAUAAAAAAGAAGCUUUUAUUCUUGAGUUAUAUAUACCUCACACAUCUCAUGUUCAAAUUGAAUGCAAUUCUUUGUUAAUGCGUCAUAAUGUGAAGUUAGUCUUGUGGAGGUGAUGAGUACUGACAGAAUGAUCUUAAUUUCUUCCAUGAGCAGAGGCUUUUGGCAUUAUCUUAGGUUGUAAAUUAUUUUAUUUUUUUUCAAAAGUAUGGUUUUCACUCGAGCCUGAACACUUUUUUGUGUCUACAUUUGUACAGGAGUAAUGUGUGUUUGUGUAUGUGUGUGUGUGGGGGGGGGGGAGGCUUAUUUUGCUUUUUCUCUCACAAUUGGUGUUAAAAUAUAUGUAUUUACCUGAUAGAUGAAAUAAAUAAUUGGUAAAAGGAGGCCUUAAAAUGUAUGACAUUAUGUGCUAUGCAAAUUUCACAUUGUGCUUUGUAAUUAUUAUUGU